CGAGAGUACCUCGACGUUUUUUCCCCGUAUUUCUCAUAUAGCGGGAUCCCUCACAUGCGUGGUGUUGAACAUUCUAUCCAGCUCGUGCCUGACUAUCGUGUCCAUCAUCAGGCACCUUACCGACUCUCGAUUCCAGAGGCGAUGAAACUCAAUCGUCAGCUUGAGGAGCUCCUUCGACUGGGUUUCAUUAAACCCAGUAACUCCUCUUGGGGUGCACCCGUCCUCUUUGCUCGCAAAACGGAUGAAACUCUUCUYCUCUGCAUUGACUAUCGCAGUCUUAACCAUUACACGGUUAAGAACAACUAUCCUAUGCCUCGCGCAGAUGAGYUGUUUGACCGUCUGRCAGACAACCGYUUUUUCAYGAAGAUARAUCUUUGUAGCGGUUACCACMAGAUCUGCGUAGCCAAAGAGGAYCAGCCGAAGACCGCCKUUCGGUCGUGUUUCGGCCACUAUGAGUUCACGGUGAUGCCAUUCGCCCUCACCAAUGCACCCGCCAUCUUCCAGACGACGAUGAAUGACAUCUUCAGGGACAUCCUUGAAGAAUACGUUCUCAUAUACAUGGAUAACAUUCUGGUCUACAGUCGUWCCUUAGAAGACCAUCUCAAACACCUCCGCGAUGUCCUACAGCGCUUACGCAAGCAUGACUUUUAUGCCACGCUUAGUAAGUGYCACUUUGCCCAGAGCAAAGUGAACUUCCUAGGACACCAUGUGUCUGACCAGGGUCUCCACAUGGACGACGUGAAGAUCAGUGCUAUUGCAGAGUGGGUCGACGCCUUUCACGCCCUCAAGAAGGCGAUGGCUUGUGCGCUGGUUCUUCACCUUCCCGAUUUUGAUCGCCCCUUCAUCGUCACCACUGAUGUGUACAAUUUGGUUGUAGGAACUGUACUUUCUGAGGUGUUUCCCUCUCCUCCCGAUUCACCUUAUCCUCAUGUUCCUUCCCCCCCCCCCCUUCCUGUUAACACUGCUUCUCGACUGACGUCUACCAUCUCACCACUUCCGUCCACUGAYAGUCCUCCCGUGACUUACUCCCCGACUAUCGAGGAGGAUGGGACUGUYGAGGCUCGUGCUGGGGAUUACCCGAUCGUCUUCUACUCCCGUCAGUAUCUCCCUGCCAAGAUAAAUUACACUGUCGAUGAACGUAAGGUUCUCGUAGUAGUUUAUGCUACCCGGCAUUGGCGUCAUUACCUGCACGGGGCGCCCUUCACGGUGCGCACGAACAACUCAGUUGUCCAGGCUUUCCUCACGAAGCCCAAGCUUUCCCCUCGACAAACACGUUGGUGGCGUGACUUAUCCGAGUUCAGUUUCACCACUCAACCCAUCAAAGGUGAAACGAACCGCGUCGCCGAUGCCUUGUUCCGCCGUCCUGAUCACAAUAAGGAACCCAUCCAUCUUGUUGCCAUCUCCAUCACCACUGUUGAUCAGUCGGUGAUCGANGUCGCCGAUGCCUUGUUCCGCCGUCCUGAUCACAAUAAGGAACCCAUCCAUCUUGUUGCCAUCUCCAUCACCACUGUUGAUCAGUCGGUGAUCGAUGCACAUCGCACUCAGUACCGCCACUGCCCAGAUUAUCGUGUCAUCCACGCGACACUGCGAAGUGGAAACACCGUUCCUUCAUACUCCCUCGGUGAGAACGGUCUCGUCCUUAACCGUUACACAGUUAAGAACAACUAUCCCAUGCCUCGCGCUGAUGAGUUAUUUGACCGUCUGGCAGGCAACCGCUUCUUCACGAAAAUUGAUCUUCGUAGUGGUUACCAUCAGAUCCGCUUUGCUGCAGAGGACGAGUCGAAGACCACCUUUCGGUCGCGCUUUGACCACUACGAGUUCGCGGUGAUGCCAUUCGACCUCACCAACGCACCCGCCACUUUCCAGACGACGAUGAACGAUAUCUUCAAGGAAAUCCUUGAAGAAUACGUUCUCGUAUACCUAAACGACAUCCUAGUCUACAGCCGUACCUUAGAAGACUAUCUCAGACAUCUCUGCGAUGUGCUACAGCGCUUACGCAAACACGACUUCUAUGCCAAACUCACUAAGUGCCGCUUUGCCCAAUGCAAAGUGGACUUCCUAGGACACCAUCUGUUUAACAAGAGUCUCGACAUGAAUGACGUAAAGAUCAUUGCUAUUGCGGACAAGGCUUCCGUGUCAGAGGACCAGAAAGGCGACCAGAAGGGUGGCAAAGGUAAGAGAAAGUCGUCAGUUAAAGGUCAAGAUGUGGCCGCGGCUGUCUCCAGCCCCACUGCCUCUUCAUCUGCCUCUUCUGAGGACAAAUCGAGUGAUAGCAAGAAGCCCGGACAGCAAAAGCCCGUAAAGGGUGAUGGCACGGGUGAGGUCAACAGUAGCCCCGCGGCAAGCCCAAGUGCGUCCAGCGGAGCAGACAAGUCCUCUCCUUCCCCAUCGCGGGGAAGCAAGGGUGGCCAUUCGUUUGCUCCAGAUGGGAAGAAGACUCCAACAGCAAAAGACCAUGGGAGCGGAGACGGGAAGAAGACUCCAACACCAAAAGACCAUGGGAGCGGAGACGGGAGGAAGACUCCAACAGCAAAGGACCCUGGGAGCGGAGACGGGAAGAAGACACCAACAGCAAAAGACCCUGGGAAUGGAGAUGAGGCGGCUGGCAGCAGAACAUCCUCCCCUGCGCGAGGUGGAGCAGCAGGAGGAAACAAGAAUCGUCCUCUCUCGGCUCGUGGAGGCAAGGCACAAGGGAAAGAGACCACCAAGCCCGGAGAUGACGGGGAGCAGCAAACAGCUGCAACAGGGAAAGCCUCUCCCAGACCUGCAGCGGCAGCGAAUGACAAGGAGGAACCUGACUCGACAGUGGCGAAGUUCGUUCCUGCUCAACCGACUGCAACAACAACAAUCGGGCUGACCGCGAGAUCUGGUAAGAGCUUCACCUCUACGAAAGCGGGCGUGAACGUUCCGCUACCGGAUGGAGCAGAAGGAUCUGCUGGUGGCAAAUCGGAGAGGAAGACCGUAGACAAAGUUAAGCUCAACAUCAUGGACAACAUUGCUGAUUUGGUGGGCAAUAGCCCUAUGGUGUACUUGAACCCCAUUGCCGAGGGGUGCCUAGCAAAACUCGCAGUGAAGGUGGAUUUUCUGCAGCCUGCUCGUUCCGUCAAGGACCGGAUAUGUCUGGCCAUGAUAAGAGACGCCGAGGCCAAAGGGACCAUCACCCCAGGAACAAGUACAAUCAUCGAGGCGACCAGUGGGAACACGGCAGUGUCGCUGGCCUUUGUGGGGGCCGCCUUGGGGUAUAAAGUCGUUAUUGUCUUGCCGGCAAUUGUGGACAUGGACCGGCGCACUUUGCUGGCUGCCUAUGGCGCCGAGGUUGUCAUUACUGACCCUAGUAAAGGUAUGCCGGGCUGCAUGAAAGUGGCUGAGGAGAUUGCCAACUCCACCCCUGGAUCCUUCAUGGUGAAGCAGUUCGACCAUCCGGCUCUGGUCAGGGCCCAUUUCGAAACCACGGGGCCAGAGAUCUGGAGAGACAGCCAAGGCCAGAUCACCCACUUCGUCUGUGGCGUUGGGACAGGUGGGACCAUCACUGGGGUCGCACGGUUUCUCAAACAGAUGAACAAGGACAUCAAGAUCAUUGCUGUGGAGCCCGAGGAGAGCGCUGUGCUUUCCGGCCGGAAGCCGGGACUACAUAAAAUCUUGGGCAUUGGUAUCGGUGUGAAGCCCCCGCAGCUCGACAUGUCCUUGGUGGAUGAGAUCAUUCCUGUGUCAACCCAGACCGCGUUACAAACGGCUAGAGCCACUGCACUGGAGGAGGGGUUGCUGGUUGGGAUCUCAUCAGGAGCGACCAUAGCAGCUGGAGUAAUUGUCGCCAAGAGGCCGAAAAAUAAGGGAAAGCUGGUGGUCGCGCACGUAGCCAGUUUCGGAGAGCGAUACUUGGCCUCCCCUCUUUUUGAUGGAAUUCGAGAUGAAGUCGAGAAGAUGUCUUUCGAUCCUGUCAGAUGAAUGGUACAUCUUCGUCUGGCCUGAAAAGAAAAGAAAAGAAAAGAAAAGAAGGAAAACAGAGCUUUGUGCAAGACAGCCGGCCUAUUCCAUCUGAGAUAUGCUCACCUGCUCUGGUUGAAUGCCGUCUUUGAGGGUCCUUCUUCGUCUUCUUGAUCUUCAUAGUCGAACGCUAGCUGAACAGCUCCAGCAGUUGCAUUACGGACCAUAUCUCAGGAUGCAAAUGGCCUUCAGAGAGCAAAGUUUAACACUCUGCUUCGAUAGACGGGGGUGCCAAGCGUCAACAUCUCGUCAAUAUUUCCACCUGCCUCCGACUUCAUUCUUCGGCUAUUGCCAUCUGUCGGCAGCCGGUUAAUUGAUCUCUGAGUCCAUCGACCAUUUUCGUCGUCUUCACAGUUGAAUGCUGUAAAGUUUGAACUACUCGACCCGCAGCCACAGUGAAGCCCAUGUCGAGGUCAGGGUAAAUCAGCAUGUUUUUUUUUCCUUUGGUGUCAGGAAAAAAAAAGGGUCAGUCAGCAUGGAUUCGCCCAGACAAGUUUUGGAAGGGCACAUGACGGAUUAUUGGACAGAGGGGUAGCCUGCUACCCACAAUGUAAUAAGGGCCUAGAGGGGGCUCCUGACUCGUUGCCUGCCCAUGAAUGACGUGGGGCCUUACUGGGUGUCAAAUCAGUGUGCCAACCCGGCUGCCUGCAGCAUGAGGACCCACUGGCAGUUGAAGCGACGGAGCGCUGCAAACCAGGCCUAGGUUCCAAGACGAGACACAGGAAGCUGAGUUGGUUGACACGUGGCAGCUAAUGUUCAUGACGCCAUAAAGGGUAGCACACAGUGUGUGGUAUAGCUUCACACCGAGAUAAAUAAAUGCUCUUGGUCUACUGUGGAGCAGCAGUACGGAAAGCUGCAGUGGAAAGGAGUAGGAGCACUGACAACACCCUUUCUUACAAGUUCGGAAAAGCUGGCUGGAGCACCAGGGCAAACAGUUGGUCUCAGACUCACUAUUCUGCCAGAAUUCUACAGGUGGAGAAGCUGCAAGAUGGAAAAGCUGGAGGUGGCGCACAAUGAUUCCACGAGAAGGUUCAUUCAGCCCUCAGAUUCUAUUCGACAAUCAUUUGUGAAAAGAACUGCAGCUGAAGGAUGCACCAUGGACCAAGACUUAGUAAAAGCCAAUAGCGAGC